UCCUCCUCUCUCCAGCGGGAAGUCACUCACAUCAGCAUCCUCACACUGCAGGUUCAGUUUCGCCGCUCGGAGACGCGCCAGGAUGUUCUACUUCCACUGUCCGCCCCAGCUGGACGGAGAGUGCUGUCGCUCCAACACAUUGAAUUCGAGCGGGUUUGGCAACCACGCCCCGGCUGAUUUUGAUGAUGGAUUUCUCCGCAGAAAACAGCGCAGAAACAGAACAACGUUCACCUUGCAACAGCUGGAGGCUUUGGAGGCUGUCUUCGCCCAGACUCACUACCCGGACGUGUUCACCCGGGAGGAGCUGGCCAUGAAGAUCAACCUGACGGAGGCCAGGGUGCAGGUUUGGUUUCAGAACCGCAGAGCGAAGUGGAGGAAGACGGAGCGAGGGAGCACAGACCCUGAGGGAGGCAAAGAGCAGAUGAGCGAGGGCACUCCUCCAUCCCGCGGCAUCAACUCUCAGUCCCCGGUGGACCACAGCAGGAAACAGAAAGAGCCGCUGGAGAUGCAGCAGAGUAUCAACAGGACCGUGGGUCCAGGUGGUCCCUUCUUCCCGUCUUGUAUACCAGGCACCCUCCUCAACUCUGCCACCUACGCCCAGGCCCUCUCACAGGUCGCCACACUGAAAGGAAAUGGUUUGUGCUCCUGCUGCGUCUCCGACCCCAUGGGCCUGUCCUUCCUGCCGCCCUACGGUUGUCAGGGUAACCGCACAGCCAGCGUGGCCGCCCUGCGCAUGAAGGCCCGUGAGCACUCGGAGGCCGUGCUGCAGUCCGCCAACCUGCUCGGCGCUGCAACCGGGCCUGGCGGCGGCGUGGGAGUCCUGUCGGGAGUCGGCGCCUCCGGGGUGGCCAGGCCCGCUGUGGGCCCUGCCAUCGAGGUGCCCAGCACCGUGGGGAGAGGAGGAGACAGCUCCAGUCCCAGCCCGGCCAGCAAGGUGCUGGGCGGCAGUCCUGACAAACACCCUCACUGCUCCAAGGACCCGCUGGAGAAAAAGUGAGGCGCCGGACUCAAACGUGGAUGUACUGAUACUCUAAAUCUGUGUGAUCGUGCCUGUCGUUACUACUCCUACUCUACUCUGGUCCUAUGAGCAACUUAAGCACAACUACCGACUGACUCCAGAAAAGGCCUUGGAGAGACUUUAUAUCCCAAUGUAUGGAUGAAAACAUUGAAAUAUUUAUUUGACAGUAAAUUAUUAUUGUUUGUGAGAAAUGCUGAAUAUCUGGGGCCUCGUUAACCCCGUAGAAGCACAAGUGUGGUUUUGGAUCUAUAUGUGUCUUCGUGCACUCGUGGACUCUAUUUGAUGGACGGACAUAGAAACAACGUGUGUGUGCGAACAAAAGACCUACUUGAUAAUGUGAAUUUAAAUAACCCUGAUACUUUUUUUUUUUCAUAAAGAGGACAGAUGCUUACAUCGUGAAUGUCCAUGCAUGUAAACUGUAAGUGUAGAACUGGUCGGCGGGGCUGUGAGGAGUUUAGGCAAUAUAAUGUUUAAUGCCGUCAGGUCAGUAAAGGGGCUCAAACAAUCUUCUCCUUCUUUUUGAUUUUUAAAGUGAAAGUGCACUUUAAUAUUAAUCAGCCAUUUUCAAUGUAAAUGUGUACAUGUGCCAGAAUGCAGUACGUCCGUGUGUGGAAGCCCCCGGGGCGAGGUCUGAAGCAGGCCCGGUGAACGGAGAGCGCCGGUCGUCCCUUCCACUCUGUUAGCACAUCUGUAGCGUCAGCAGACAGGGAACACGCCGGUCCUGUUGUGACAUGUUCUUUAAAACAAUUAAAGAUGUAGUCGCUCAUGUUCCUCUCCUGUUGCCUCUCGCUGCAGCCAUCUGUUCCAAUACAUUAUUUAUCAGUUUCCCCUUAAAGCCGGGAGAGGAGAGCAAACCGUGACUCUUAUUAUUUAUUUACUUUUAGGAGCGCUCUUCCUCUUUUUCUCUUCCUCACCCUGAGCAUUGUUUCAGUGAACCCCAUUAAACGUGAUAGAUGCUAUUUAUUACCACGCUGGAUUCACAUUUUGAAAGACAUCAUCUCUCAUCACCUCAGGGCUCCAUCCUCACGCUGUAGGCAAUACGUCUGUGGAUUUAUCGCCCCUAAAUAUCUCUCCUCAACAGAAGGACUCCUGAAUAAGGGAUCAGCUGAUCAGAUUGAGAAUACUUAACCGCCGAGCACGCGACCAGUAGUUGGCCUGAUUCAAUUUGCGUCCUUGAGGAUUUUCAGGAAAUUACUUUUGAUAGUCAAUAACACAAUUAAGUAAACUACACACACAUUAUCAUGAAUAAUUGAUAAGAAAUUAUGUAUUACCACGAAGUACUGGUUCAAUAAUUGAUGAGGCGACACCCCGGUGACACAGAAGAGGGAGAUAAUGUCAGAAGUCGUGCCAGGUUGUACACAGAGUACACAGCACUCACAUCCUCUUUUUCUUUUUUUCUUUUUCUUUUCUUUUCUUUUUUUUUUUACACCAUUAUGUGUGCAUGUUGUAAA